AUGCAUUCGACUCUGAGUCUCCUGAUCGGUGCCCGGUUGAAGAAUCGACUUUUUCCACGCUCUAAAUCUACUCAUGAAACAGAUGGCGCCGACCCCAAAGAGCCUUCUUCCGGUCCCCGGGCGCGCUCAUGGCGUAGACGCGUGGAGAAAUGGUCAUAUCUCUCAAAGCUCCCAGAGAAUCAGGCUAGUGGUGAAGCAGGUGGUCUCCCGUCCUCCUCCAAAGCCACGUCUCAUGGUGUGACAGAGCAAGAACAAGAGCUGGAGGCAAUGCGAGAUGGUAACGUUCAGGAAGAAGCAGUCGCGGGGAGCCCUCGCGUGGUCGAUUGUAUCGCCAUAUUGCGAAAAUACCGAGACGUCAAUGCACAAGUUCUGAACCAGAUCUUUGAGUUGAACACUAUGAGGGCUCCCAUGUUCACGCAGACGGAGGACGUAGUCAACUCGUUACAGGGGCUUCUACGUCAAGUGACCGACCAUAUAAAAUCGGUGGAUUUACCCGAGCAGUUCACGGUCCAGCUUGGUGAUAUCCACCGCACAUUCGAUCUAUUCCGCAAGGGCCCAUUUGCCUCUUUCCGGGCAGAAGAGGCACGAUGUGCUUAUCUGGAAAACACUAUCAUCCAAUCUCUCUUUCACUCUGGGAGACGUUUAGAUGGGUUCCUGCAGACGAAUGCAGACGACUCAGCUUUCCCAGAGUCAAAUACUAUUGUGAGCCUGGCAGACGAACAAGAAGACUUGGAAGAGGAACAUGACGAGCAUUCCCCAGAAGAUAUUCGAUACUUGUCAAUGAUAGGCGAUCGAGAAAUGAUACUUGAACAACUCUGCGAUCUCCGCGGCGAACAGAGAGAACUACUCGAAGAGCAGAAGUCAAGAGCUCACUUCGGUCUCAGCUUAGACGAGGACUCGUUGCGUUUUCUAAGUUCUUUCGAACCACAUGAAGAGGCGCUGCUUGACGAGCUAGAAUAUGCGGACCUGGGCGUGGAGGCUUUGAAGCAGCUCAUGUCAGACGACGAAGCUCUAGCAGUCUCAAACGAAACUUCUGGGCGUGAGCCGGACGAGGAUGAAGGCGCCAUAAAGUAUCUCGAGCGAGAGAUACUGCUAAGACAGCCCAUUUCUCCCAGUCCCCGAAAAGAGAUGCAAAGUCGGUUCUAUAAAGAGAUGCUGCAUCGCAAAAUCAGAUUGAUAGACCACCUCCGGGGGCCAGACAUGACACCAGCAGACCCUAGCGACUUCAUCAAUGCAUGGCUGCUGCACCGAUUACGAUUUCUGCCUCGACUCCUCGGCGAGUACACUUCACUCACUGAGACACAUUACGAAGAAGUCGAUGAUGAGGAUUUAGAGCAUGUCUUCUUGGAGAAGUGGUUCAACGACUCCUCAGCGGCAGAUUUUGCGAAGCAUCGUACAUUUGCCGACGAACAAUCAAUGCAAGCAAGUCUCGCAGAGUCGAGAGAUCUGACGCAGCGAAGCCUUUCAGCCAUCCCUAUCCCUGCACCGUCUUUGCCGUUGCUGAGCCUGGGGCCUUCAACGACCACAGAGGACAUCAUUGCGCACGCAAUGCAGGCACGGGGCAUAUCGCCUUCACCUUUGUCUCCUCCAUAG